GUAGGGCAGAGAUAGACAGCUAAGGAGCAAAUGAUGGCUCUGCAUUCAAUUUGGACUUUUGAUUGACAAUUGUUCCUGCCAGUAGCAAUUUCAUGGUCUGGGACCUUCAUAUCUCUUUAGCGAAUAAGGAGACAAUUUCAACAAUUUAUGAUAUGUGCCAUCAGGUAAGGGUGUGUGACUGUUAGAGCCGUGUGCAAUACCUUUAUUGCGUGUCCGCACUCACACAAUUUUUCGAGUGGGCGUUAUUGCAGAGAGCGACUUUGGUGAGGUUUUUGGACAACUUUUACAUAGUUUUUGAAAUUUUUGGAAACAUUUCGGUUCGGAAAGAAGUGGUUUACAGUGGAGGAGGCAGCUGCUAUGUUGGCCGAAAGAUCCGACGACGAUACUGCGUCCUCUUCGGAAAGUGAAAUAUCUGUGGACUCCGAAGCUGAGGAGGAUUUUCUAAAUGGAAGAGAUCCUGAUCUAGAACUAGAGCCAGAGUCAUCUGACUCAGAUUGGCAGCCAGAGGCAAAGAGGUCCACGGGGACCCCAAUGACUGUUGAGGAUGAGGAGGAGGAGGAGGAGGAGGAAGAAGAGGAGGAGCUGGAACCCCAACCCUCUACCUCCACACAGCCUGCAAGACAGGGGAGGGGGAGAGCCAGAGGAAGAGCCAGAGGAAGAGCCGGAGGAAGAGCCGGAGGGAGAGCCAGAGGAAGAGCCGGAGGAAGAGCCAGAGGGAGAGCCGUGGGGAGAGCUGGAGGGAGAAGCACUCCAGAGCAGAGUUCUGGACCUGAAGGCGCAUGGCAAGGCACUGAUGUGGUGGACAUCACUCCUGAACAGCCAUCCUUCCACCCAGCACGCACACCUGGUGGCCAGCUCAUGGGUGGUGUACAAUACACCAUUCUACAAUUAUUUAAUUUGUUUAUGACCAAUGAUAUACUCCAAGUCAUUGUGAACAAUUCCAACAAGUUUGGAGAAGCUGACCACCCAGACACCUUUCAGAGAAUCACCUUGCCAGAGAUGAUGUCGUACUUGGCGAUCAUUAUCUACAUGGGACUAAUCGAGACAUCAAACAUCACUGACUAUUGGAGAAGGUCUGAGCUAUACGCCUUUUCUUUUCCAUCGAGUGUGAUGUCAGGGUGCAGGUUUAAAGCCAUCUCGCGUGCCAUCCACCUCAGUGAUCCUGAUGACGAUGCUGCCAACAACUUAAAAAGAGGCACCGCUGGGUACGACAGGCUUUGUAAAAUUAAGCCAAUGUACCAUGAGGUUAGGAAGAUAUGCAUGGCGCUUUACCAACCCCACCAGUGUGUUACAAUUGACGAGAGGAUGGUCGCAUUCAAAGCCCGCAGCAGACUCUGCCAAUACAUGAAGAACAAGCCUGUGAAGUCUGGUUAUAAGCUGUUUGUGCUGGUGGAUUCCACCAAUGGAUACACCUGGGACUUCUUCAUCUACGAAGGCAAGGGAUCACAAAUUGUCAAGGGGCUCAGUUAUGACUCCGUAAUGCGGCUCAUGAAUACGCAGUUGCUUGGUACCGGGUACAAGUUAUUUGUGGAUGACUUUUACACAAGCCCAGAUCUCUUUCGUGACCUGCUGGCAAAGAAGAUCUGGGCCUGCGGUAUGAUUCGCAGACAGCGUAUUGGGUUCCCCAAAGACAGGCCAGGCGGGCUUGAGAAGCAGGCUCCCUGGGGCACCAUUCGCUGGAUCCGCGAGGGGCCCGUGGUGUUUGUUCAGUGGAGGGACACCAGAGAUGUGCUAAUGUGUUCCACAAUCCAUGCAGCACAUGGACAGGAUACAGUCCAGAGAAGGAUCAAGGGGGAAUAUGGGCAAUGGUCUGUACAGGAUGUCUCCAUUCCACCAGCCAUCAAGGAUUACAACAGGAACAUGGGUGGUGUGAUUGGCUACUACUCCAUCCUGCACAAGACCAAGAAGUGGUACCGGUCUUUCCUGUACCACUUCAUCGACAUUGCCAUUGUCAACGCCUUUAUCCUGUACAAGGAGAUGGCCAUUGCAAGGCAGGAGAAAGUGAUGUCACACAAGGCCUUUCGUGAGACCCUGGUGAUGGAACUGAAAGCGGUUGGGUCUACCACCACAGCCCCUCCACAGACACCCCCUCCUGCUCCCCAAGGUGCCUUACACAAACCUGUACAUUUUUCACAGGAUGGCACUGUGGGUCGGAGGAGGUGUGUCCACUGCCACCAGAGGACCACAGUGAAAUGCUCCUCCUGUGAUGUGUGCCUGUGCUUCACAAUAACCAGGGACUGUUACAACACAUGGCACACCCUGAACAAUUUGUAAUUUUAUAUAUUAUGUAAUUUUUUUUUAUCAUUCGUGUGUGUGUGUGUGUGUGUUUGUAUUUUGCAUAGUUUAGUUAUUCAAUUUUCUAAUAUUUCUAUAUAAAAACUUUGACAAUGCAUGGGGUCAUGGUGGCUUAGUGGUUAGCACGUUCGCCUCACACCUCCAGGGUUGGGGGUUCGAUUCCCGCCUCCGCCUUGUGUGUGUGGAGUUUGCAUGUUCUCCCCGUGCCUCGGGGGUUUCCUCCGGGUACUCCGGUUUCCUCCCUCGGUCCAAAGACAUGCAUGGUAGGUUGAUUGGCAUCUCUGGAAAAUUGUCCGUAGUGUGUGAGUGUGUGAGUGAAUGAGAGUGUGUGUGUGUGUGCCCUGCGAUGGGUUGGCACUCCGUCCAGGGUGUAUCCUGCCUCGAUGCCCGAUGAUGCCUCAGAUAGGCACAGGCUCCCCGUGACCCGAGAAGUUCGGAUAAGCGGUCGAACAUGAAUGAAUGAAUGAACUUUGACAGUGCACACUGUUUGCCCUUUCUUUUAAUCAAAAUCUCUGAGGCAGAAUGGAAAAAAAUAUGGGUUUCGUGUGGUUAUUCUAAUGUAAUGUUGUGCCUAAUUGACUGACAUCGAACCCAAAUACAUUAUCAAAUGCGCUAACAGUAGCCCCGCCCACAGCCCCUGACACAAGCGGUUCUUAAGUCUAGACCAGCGACAUUUUGGUGCUACUUAAGAACCAUUUUCCUGGUUCGGAGCCGGUGCUUUGGCGGUCGAAACAGAAAGAACUGAUUCUAAAUUAGGCUCCGAACCUGCACUCAAACUGCCUCGGUGGAAAAGGGGCAUUGGAGUCUCCAAAUGGCACA